AUGCCGCCAUCUACUGAGCCUGUCCACAAGGGCACACUCGUGUGCGUCGUCCUCAAGGCGCGCAACCUGCCGAACAAAAAGUCGAUUGGAAAGCAAGAUCCGUACACAGUCCUCAGCAUGGGCCAGGAACAGCAAAAGACAAGGCCAGACAAGCGAGGUGGUCAGCAUCCGACAUGGGAUGAACAGCUUCAUUUCGAGGUCUACGAAGAUAUGGAAGAUGCGCUCACAGCAACCUCGACCAAUGGAACUGGCUCCGGCUCCGGCUCCAGCUCCGGAUCCAAAGCUACCUCUGCCACCAAAGCCAAGGGAGGCAAAAAGGUGCUCAAGGUAGCCUGUUACGCCGAUGACAGCAAAGAGCCCGAGUUCAUCGGCGAAGGUCUCGUCGACCUCACCGAAACGCUCCAAACAGGCGAAUUCGACGAGUGGGUCACUAUCAAAGCCAAAGAUCGCUAUGCCGGUGAAGUCUAUCUCGAGCUCACCUUUUAUUCGUCCGCUGCGCCUCCCAAGAAGCAGCAGUCAAGGCCAUCUUCGCAGCCUAUGCUUUCCGGAUCAGACACGUACGGAGGUGCAGGCUCCUUCUCGCGCCUCGAAGAUGGCUCCGCUUCCCCUCCCAAACCCAACAAACCCAAAGGAGACCAUCCUCCCAUUCCCGCCUCGAUGCGACCUGGUGGCACUUCGGCUGUGACCACUACACACAACCGCAUGUCGAGCAGCAUCUCCAGCUCGAGUCUCGCAGCCACGCUUCACCGAGCGCCUUCCGCCAUGUCCCAUUCGCAGACCAUGCACGAUCUCGGCAGCACUACGCUUCGUCCCAGCUCCUCGCUCGCCAAUCUGGACGCCUAUACACCCGCCUACGCACCUGCCAGCAUUUCGCGCUCCACGAGUCCCGUACCUCCCUCGUCUUCUUACCACAGCGUUACCGCUGCUGCUGGUGGAUCGAGACGCAACAGCUUCGCCACACCGAUGCCCUCCGAAUUCGGCCACUCGAUUACGCCUUCUGCCUCUUAUUAUUCGCAGCACUCCAUGGCGCCAUCUCAGAGCAGCCAGUACAUUGCUCACGGCAACGCAGUCGAGCCAAGUGACGAUCGGUAUGCCACUGUUCGCCCAGCGACGAUCUCCCAGCAUCAUCAUCAUCAUCAUCAACAGCAGCAACAGCAGCAACAGCAGCAGUACAGUCUGCCUCGUCCGCAGUCGGUCUCUCAGAUCCCCAUCGCCUACAAGCACACGCAGCAGCCUGACUUUGGUGCAGACCAGCUGACGCAGUCAUUGUCAAAGAUGGGCUUUGGACACUCGACAGCUACGCUGGACAAACCUUUGCCGCCUCCGACACCCGUGGCUGCGGAAGAGCGUCCACCGCAGUCGCACAUCUACCAAGCGCCCGCUCAUCUUGCUUCACUGUACACACCUCCCCCCAAUGCGGGAUUUGAAGCAGAUGUGCAGAGACCUGUAUCGCCCGCAGCGCGACCCGCUUCAGCUCUAUCGCAGUACAGCACCAGUUUACCGGCGCAUGUGAAUGCGUCGACGCCGUCGGUCGUCAAUGCACAGACAUACUAUCAGCAACAGCAGCAGCAGCAGCAGCAGCCGCAGCCGCAGCCGCAGCCGCCGCCGCCCGCACCACAAGCCAGUGCACAUUUGGCGCAACCGCCGUCGAUUCCGGCUCGCUCUUCGUCGCCUGCGGCACCGACGUAUACGCCGAUCGUGUCGCCGUACAGUCAGCCACCACAGCAGGCGCAUGUGCCGCGUCCGUUGCCAUCGACGCAAAGCUCUACCUCGCUUGCGUCGGCGGCUCCAGCACCACAGCCGUCGCAGCCACAGCCACAGCCACAGCCGCCGCCGCAGCCUUAUGCGUCUCACCUGUACCAGCAGGUUGCGCAACCAUCGGCGACGGCGCCACACCAGCCUCAUCAGCUUUCGCACUCGCAGUCGCACAGUGGCUGGCAUGGUGGACUGGCGUCCGGGUCGCAGGCUGCUCAGCCGUCAUAUGCACCUGCACCUGCCACUCAUACGAAUGCGAUGGCAAGCAUGCCGAGCGGAUACGUGUAUUCGUCUGCGGCUGCGCAUGCUCCGACGGCACCCGCAGAGGUCAACGGCUGGGCGCCCGGCAGGUCGGCGUCUCCUUUGCCGCCGAUCCCGGGGUCUCAGCAGUCGCUGCCACAGUCGCAGCCGAGCCUCCACUUGGGCGCGGCGACAUCGUUCUAUGCGCAUAGUCCCGCACCUCUCGCAUAUGCUCAGCACGCUUAUCCUCCGUACACGCCACCACAGCACGCCUAUGCGCAGCCCGCACAGCCUGCAGGUGGCUACCCGCACUACGCUGCACCCCCACACGGCGCGUCCGGACCAGCGAGCCACCCUGCACACCCCGCCUUGUCCUCAUCAGCCCUGUACCAGUCGCACCAGCUCCAGUAUGCCAGCCAGCAGUACCAGUAG